GGAGAAACCACAGCGCGAAGUUUGACCUCUGACUAAGAUGAGUGACUAUAGCGAAGAGAAACAGUUUGUGGUAGAAGGUACAAGCUGUACCUUGUUUGAUGAUCGGGAAAAAGCUUGUGAAGUUGAUGGAGAAAAACUACUGAUACCAUGGUGUGGUGACACAUCAAUUUUGAUUGAUAGGUCAGGCUCUGUUAUUUCGUAAAAUUAUUCGUAUAAUUUGUUAAUGAUUAUGUAGUUGUGCAUCGUGAUUUGUUUUUCAGGUGGCGAGGUAAAGUUUUCCUUUCUUUGGACGUAGUUUGUCUCACACUUUAACUGCUGUACCUCGUUCUUGCCAUCAUUCUGUGCUCGUCUGAGUAGUCAUAAAACUUGUUUUUGUAUUUCGACGUAUUUCGUAACAAUAAAACCACGCCCAUCUUCGCUUACAAAGAGACUGAAUGACGACAUCUGAGACGAGACGAUGGUCUUCGAAAUAUUGUUUUUCACCCUACAUUAAAAUUUAUUAAACAUAAGCAUUGCUUUAAUUUAUAAAAGGCGAGAUUUUCAGCCGUAGUUCAGGUUGUCAGUGUUUCUUUUACUACUACUUAACCGGUUUUCGCAGCUUCAGUAUUAUCUUGGAUUUUCAAUCUCCGCCUCUUCACUUUUGUUCAUUGCUUUGCAUUGCUUGUGACUGACUAUGGUUGGAAUUCUAUUGUCGGUCAAGCUGUUGGGGUGUCAGUUCAUGUAGUAGUUAGUGCAAUCAUACUUACAUUCAGAACUCUCGUUGCUCAACUUUUAUGUACAUAAAUUCUUGUGCAAAAAGUCCACUUAUGUCGUUUUGAAUGUAACGAUACUCUUCUUUAACCAUUUACCAUAUCAGAUAACCCACUAAUCAUGGGCCAUUGGACUUACAUUCUGUCCACACCAUUAUACGUCUCAGUGGAAAUAUAUAACUCUAGCCUUAGUAUCAAAAUAUUAAAUUCAUAUGGUAUUGUAGAUAUUUCAGUGUGUUGAUUAUCUAUUACUUUAGAAGAUUGCUCUAUGCUUGUGAUAAUAUCGGGUUUUUAACAUUAUUUGGUCUUUGAUUUUAAGGAAGUUUGUCGCGUAAUAUGUGCGUAUAUAUCUUAAUGUAUACUCAGCUUUUAGACUUUAGGGUAACUUUCAUUGUGAGUUUCUACUAAUUACAUACUUGUCUUAUAUAGCUGACUGAAAAUACCUUAACCUCGCACUAAUUCACUAGCGACAUGAUUAUAUGGGUGUUAGCUUGAAUCGCCGCAAAAUACUCGGCAAAUAUAAAUGUAGCAAUUGAAAGUAUAGCAUACUUGACCAGUCUUUCAACAAAAUAUUUAUGUACUCCUGAAUCAUCGUUGAAAUUCUUAUCUUUCAAUGCUCAAAUUUAGGACAGCCUCAAGUUGUCAGUGUUUGUAGAGACAAUCGAUCUUUCUAUAAAACUGUGGUUAGUGAAAUCUCGGUUUACAUUCUUAUUUUGAUCCCUUAACACCCACGUUAUAUUUCUAUUCACUUUUGGCUUAACCAGCCAAGAGAUCUCUCCCUUGUAUAAUAACUGUUGCUCAAGCUUUAUUAUGCGAACAUGCCGUUAGUUGCUUGGUUUUAUUAAAUGAUUAGUUUUUCAUAUUGUCUCCACAGUUGAUCAUAGGUAUUAACUUGUAUCAGUUUCUUUACUUUACUUAUUCACCAGUAUUAAAAGUUCUCAAAUCGACUCAGAAUAUAUAUGUUGAAAUACCCGGGGAUUGUCUUCUAGUCAUUGUUUGUAUGAGAUAUAGUGAAUGAUCGAGGAAUUUCAGUGUUACUUUGGGUUAGCUUAUAUGGUUGUAAGCUUCAUGCAAUCGAUGUCCACGUGCGAUGCAUGUGCAGCGAUCUCCAUGUUCUUUAGUUUCAAACUAGCCUGGUGUUUAAUUUAUCUAUCGUUUUAUCUAUUUCGCCUGAUGGGAUGACAAACGUAUUGAACUUUACUAUUAACAAUAUUACCAUUAAGUAGCCCAAAAUGUAUAUGAAGUCUUCAGUACUGCAGUGAUCUAAUUCCCCAAAUUAUAACUUUUUAUCUCAAUUUUGUGGCCAACUGGCUUUUAUUUCGCUACCUUCAGGUUCGAUGGACGUGGGUAUCUCACUGAUAUUUAUGAAGGAGAUCCUAAUUGCGAUUUAAGUCCUGACGAUCAAUUGUCUGAAGAAGAGAUUGCAAUAGAAAAGAUGUGUGAUUUCGAACGUUAUUUGGAAAUGCAAGUGGACGUCCAUGAACUCGCAAUUCAAGAUGGUGAGUUUACUUUUGUAUUUGUGUUUUGAUGUAUUCUGCAAUACCACCCUUGCUGAUUGUUAAUGUGAUCUUAGCUUUUGAGUCAACACAUCUUUGGUAAACGCAUGUUGACAACUUCGUCCUACGUGGUAAGUUAUGUUUAUCAACAGAAUAUAGUACUUUUAACUUGAUAUUUGCUGUGAUUGUCACUAAAUUAACGUUGUUUCGGUUUUUAUGUUCAUUAGUGCAUCCACUGCACAUUUUAUGCUCCAGAGAUUAACACCUUUUACGUCUGUUUAUAUCUUGCAGGUUGUUUUUUGGAGUGGGACAUGCAAUUCGAGCCUGAUGAGGCUAUGGGAAUAAGCAUACUUUCAAUGUAAUUAAACAUAAGUCAUUUUUUGAAACAAACUCCUACACUCAUGUUUUCCAUUCCCAUAUAUAUCAUUCGUUCUGUUUUUUGUUUUAUAGAAGAAGCUCGGAAACGUGAGGCUGAACGAUCUCGCAAUGACUAUGGAGCCGUUAGCUUUUCUUACGAUGAAAAUGUUUCCCAACGAAAUGGCGACGAAUCAUAUGUUAACAAGGGGUCAACUGAACAGCACUCUGAAGAGCCAUAUAAUUGUCCUCCUGAGCUACAACAACUUUUGUCGAAUUUCCAACUUCCGGAAUCCGAUAAACAAGCUCACAUUAUUGAAAAAACUGCUGUUUUCGUCUCUCGACAAGGAAGUCAAAUGGAAAUAGUUCUUAAAGCUAAACAAAAUAAAAAUCCAUUAUUUGGCUUUUUAACUUAUGACCAUCCACUUAAUCCCUUCUACAAGGAGAUUGUGAGGUUAAUUUCCCAAGGUCGUUACGUUCCGAAACCUCGCCAGACUGCAGAUAAACCAGCUGGGACACUCUUUACAAGUGCAGAUGAGUCAAACAAGUCAAUCCAUGAAGAUGUUUACGAAUUGAAGCUACCAAAGGUGGAUAUUUCAAAUACAUCAUAUGCUCCACUAAUAUCGAAGUUCAAGAAAAUUAAUGAAUUGGCUGCAGCUGUCGCAGCUGCAAAUCGUGUUAUCCCUAUUUCUGAUGUCCAGUCUUCUGUCGCUACUCCUGAGGCAUUGACAGAAACAGAACGUCCUCUUUACGAUCCUAGUGAGAUCGACAAUAGCUCUUCGGAAAUCCUAAAAGACAGUAUUAGACCUUUGGAUUCAGAAAAGACAAAAACUCCUUCACCACAAUCUGAAGUUCAAGCCGACGUUUCCACAACUAGCGAAAGCCUUGCUGACGUUCCAGUCUUCGGGAAAGACAAUAUGAUUUCAGAAUUAGUAGAUCCUUUAUCUCCAGAAGAGUAUGAGCGUAUUUACCAGGAGUAUUAUAAACACUACUAUGCUCAUUAUUACACACAUUAUUCUAACCAGUGGGCUUUGCCUGAACAUGUCAACGAUGAAAGUUUCAAUAUCGUACAAGAAGCAGCUAAGGCAGCCGCUAUAGCAGCUGCGGCUGCAGUCAAUGUUGUCCAACAAACACGUUUAAAAGCUAGUGCUCCAGUAAUGUUCGAGCCUCCACUUAGUGAUGAACAACGUGGUAUUAUAAAUAAAAUGGCAGAAUAUGUUGUUCGUAAUGGCUUAGAAUUUGAAGAAUUGGUCAUUCGUCAAAAAAGCAAAGACCCACGAUUUGGAUUUCUAAAAUCAGAUCAUCCUUUACAUUCAUAUUACAUGUCUAAACGGAAAGAACUAGAUCCUGAUGAUAGCUUGACUAAAGCUGCCGAUUCUAAUUUUAGUAAUAUUUCUCCAAAAUCAUCUAAAGUAAGCUCGUCAAAAAAAUUGGAUUCAAUUGAAAAGCCUGAAACAAUGUUUCAAGAUAAUAAAGUAAAAGGUGGUUCUCUUAAAAAUCCUCAGUCUCUUGAUUCUCAUAAAGACAAGAAAGAUGAUUUUGAAACUUAUAAUUCAGAACGUCAAACGGGUAUCAGUUUUCGAUUAGCCCGCCCGAUUACAUCAAAGUCUCAGUCCACUCAAAAUACAGAAACUUCGGCGGGAGAAAUUAUGGACAUAAUUGAAGCCGCUGCACUAGAGUACUCAGAAUCUGUUUCCAAAAGUGCAAGACGAACUAACGAACAACUUAAUAAGUCAUUGAGUCGUUCGAAAAGUGACAGUCAGUCGAAAUCACGGAAGAGAAAAACUCGAUCUCCAAAAAUGUGUGUCAUACCUGGUAUUCCCAGUCCUAGCUCAUCGUCUUCUUCGGAAUCUUCUCCACCUCAAGUAGAAAGUCCAUACUCUUACGCAAAUCGUUCUAGUGGAGCUUCGAAUUCGAAUUCUGUUUGUACAUCACCCUCCAUAUCCGUUGAGCGACAUGAGAGAAAUAAACCAGUGCAUAACAUUCAGUCUCCUGUUCAGUCUGUCUGUAACACCACUUCACCCUAUGAUAAUAACUCGUGUUCUCCUGUGGAGUCGAUAUCUAAUUCAAGUUCACAUUUGACUUCCAACUGGCCUUCAUGUGCUCUUGAAGAUUUAUUAGAUAUACACGAACCUACAAGUCUUCUAGACUUCUCUGCCGAUGGUUAUCAGGUUGCGGUCCCUACAGCUAAAGAAGAGCGUCUGCGUGAAGAAAGACGUAAAAAAGCUGCCCAAUUGGUUACCCAGUUGAAGUUAACUAAUUCUAUCACAAAAGGAAGUAUAAAUACCAGUACAACUGUCCCCAAAUCUUCGACAGUUAGUACCACAUCAACGACGUCUGAUCGGUAUCGUUCGUCACCUCCACCAGCUCCUGAUUCAGUCCCUGCAGCUGUUGCUCAUGCUGUAGUUGCUAACAUGAAACGUCGCCGAGAAGCUUUGGAAAUCGAAAACAAAGCUCGUAAAAGGCGUCAUCGUUCACCACCAGCCGCUUAUGCAUUUACGCGUAAUCGAAUCUCUGACAGAUCUCCAAGGAGGUCACCAACUUCUAGAUGUGAUUCUUAUGAUCGUGAGGACCCAAGAGAUCGGGACGAUCAUCAUUCAACAAAGUCCAAGAAAAAACAUAAAAAGUCUCAUUACUAAUCACGUCGUAAAAACACCUCAUUGUAAACAAGUGUACAUAUUUAUAUUAUAUUGUGAUCGUGUAUUAUUAAGCAGAAAUGUGAUUCGUUCAAACAAGGUUUUAAUUCAUUGUUCUUUUCUUCAAUUUUGAGCAGUUGAAAGAAAGUUCUGUAUCUGCCACAAGAGAUUUUCAAAACUAUAAUAAUUGUAAUGAGAUUUAUUUUUGAAUGUCCGGUUUGUAUGAUAUGUGUAACCUUGAUAAAAUUUGAUACUAAACGACUUAGAUCUGUAUUAAUUACCAGUUUAUAUUCACAUUUCAUGUAUUCUAUCAUGUGAAUAGCAACGUUUAUCCAUUAACAAGUUGCUUUUA